CGAAGAAAAAGGGCGGCAAAGCGAACAAAGAGGUGUGGAAGAAAGGACGAGAUGCUGGAUUGAUGAGCAGAGGGGUGGUGGAUGAUGCGUAAAAUGGGUAAGCUCUCUACGCAAGCGAUCGCUGCCAGGCAGAAGCUCGAGCAACUGAUUGAGUCGGGCGGCGAGGCGAGCGAAGCCGGGGUGGGUCAAGACGAGGAUCUGACUGACAUUCGCACUGGUGCAUUUACUCGAUUCAGCGGGUGGCCCGAAGCAGCGGUCUGCUUUCAGCAGAGUGGACUCACUCUAUCCACCCUUCUCUCCUUCUCACUCGCCAGCCUCUAUCCCUUGAUCAACGACCGCACUCCCAGAGGGCUGCUAAUGAAACCUCGCACUCCUGCCGGAUUCGCUAUCAGAGGCAGCCUGCGGUCGCUGCUUUCUUAGCUCAGGAAGCUCUUCGUGCCUCGCCGCCCUUUUCCCCUACUUUCCUCAAUCCUUAUGCCCAUCUCUCUACCUUCUACCACGGUCCGGCCGCCUAUUGAGCCUGGGCACUUCCGACGAGGGUCGAGGGCCAACACCGCCAUCGAAAGGGUCACGCCAGCCUCGAGCCCCAAAGCCCGGCAGAGAAGUGCCUCCUCAUCCGCCUCAGCGUGGGGAUCACAGUCAGUCCCAUGGGUCGAGAAUGAGCCUUCUUUGAUGGCCACCCCAAGCAGAGCAGGCGGUCGAGGAGGGACGCCACUUCGGCCUCGCCCUACUUCACGACGCCGCCAGGGCAGCAGCUCUAGCUCUGGCCACGAGCAUCACCUUUCCUCCGCUUACCUUGCUGAAAAGGACAAGGCUGAGCUAGACUUUGGCUCAUCCAAAGGACCUGGACCCUCGACACUGCGACCAAGACUUAAUCAAGUAGCCUCUCAGCAAAAUGCCCUCUCGUCUUCUUCCUCUGGAUUGCUCCGAUCUCCUCAGCCUUUGCUACAUCGAUCUCAGAGCGAGGCGACCCUCAGGCACCCCGCCGUCGACCCAUCAAUGAAGUCGGCAUCCGCUUUGAGAAGGAGUCCGCCUUCGAGCACAGUCAUGCCUCUUCACCAGCACCUGACCAACGGUCGCUCAUCGACGCCGACGUCGUCUAGCUCGCACAACGUGAACAGCAGCGUCGACCUCGACGCACUCGAGACUGCUUCAGAAGGUCAUUCGUCGACUUGGCUGGGCAAGCUUGGUCAUUCCAAAGAGGCAAGCGAUUCAACCAAUUCUUCAGCCAUGUGGACACCUAUUGAGAGAGCCAUGUCGCUUGGAGAUCAUAGUGACGCAGAGAUAGAGGAGUUGAAGGAGCCAGAGCCCCACGCAUACGACGAGAGCAGCCGCAGCGACUUUGCCCGUUCUACAGCACCCAGUCUCACAUUCUCGUCGUAUGAAACAUCAAGUCAAGCCCUCGAAGACGGUGAUGGCGAGUUCAUCCAAAGGACUUCUGAAGCGAAAUGGGGAGCUAAGUUCUGGGUCGUCAUCGAGGAUCCUAAAUCAACGCAUCUCUUCUUCUACAAUCCCACCACGACUGAGUGUCGAUGGACAGUGCCCGCAGGCACCUUUGUCCUGCCUCGCGACCCCGGGGGUGACUGGCUCGAAUUUUGGGAUGGCUCUGUGGGUCUACCUUACUAUUGGCAUACCGCAAGCAAGAAGACGCAGUGGGAGUAUCCGGCCAGUGCGAGGCUCGUGCUCCCACUCGCAAAAAUACAGCAAGGGAUCGGGGAAGCUGCGGAUGAGGGGGACGUAGCCUCUUCGCUACGCCACCUUUCCGCGUCAUCCAACGGAGCUCAUCAUGAGAAGAAGGUCAACGUAUCAAACAGGCCAGCUACCACCUCUCGAAGCUCCGAGCGCCCCUCCAUGCCUUUCUCUACCUCCAUGUCGUCCUCGACAACGGCAAUAACGCGAGCGAGAUCUAUGAACGACGUCAAGGCCCAGAAUCCAACUGAACACUCUUCUUCUCAUCGCCAAGCUCCAAGCAGCUCUGCCACUUCACAUAACACCAACAAUACCCCGCCUCACGAUUGCAAUGGCAGCGGCAACGGCAAUGACUCCUCGGGAGGCAUGACCAGCGCAGACAGCGGCGUGGCUCUAGCCGAUGAGUCUAGCCGCUCGCUUUCUCGGCGCAGAUUGCUCGAGAAGGCGAAAAUGGAGAAUGGCAUGGAUCCGGCUCCCAGAGUCUCCCAUCGCACCUCACUCAGAGACAUCUCUGAACAGACUUCACGCUCCAGCGGUACUGCUCGUCGCACCUCUUCCUCGGCAGGCAAGCCAGCUACCACCUUGCAGCAUCCCACCAAUGCCCGCGCAGCAACACCACGUCUCCUCGUCCCUCCCGUCAGCUCCUUGCUCAGCGUUCCCCAACCUCCCUCCCAGUCGCAGCGCUCUACAGCACGGAAACACAGCCACAAGCCUGGCCAGUCAUCAAUCGACCUCGCCACCUUGUCCAGCGCUAGCGUGCGAGGACCAGUCAGACGCCACAGGGACCCAGAGAGGAGGGCAAGAGACUCGCUGCUACUCACCAGCGGGGAGUCGAUGCAGCCCAUACUCACCAAGACCAGGAGCCCUAACACGAUGCCAGCGGACGUGGCUCCUGUUGCACGCAAAGGGGGUCCCGGAACCCUUACGCAGCCGUGGGACCAAGCAACCUCACCUCUCGUCCAUUUCCACUCGUACGCGCAUACCCAUUUUCUCCCACGACGUCGUGCCUUGCCCUCCUUUUUCCAUCUCUCGCAUCGCCAAUCGUCAAUACUCGACGCGCUCAAGUAUCAGCGAGGCCGUAUUGAGGCGCCCGUCCUCAAUUUACCCAAGGAGCUGCAUGGCGAAGCAGGGCUUUGCUCCAAGAUCGUUUUGAGAGCUUGUGGGGAAAGGGAGAGGGCGGCUUUCGUCGGCAGACCACCACCCGUGGCUAUUGGGUACGCUCCCACAGGUAUGGGCCUGACGGGUACAAUAAGCGCCCAGAGCCCACUUCGACGCUGCGCUGAGAGGAAGAAAGGGAUCGCUCAGCAACGAUUGCGAGAGAUGCUCGGUCGAGACCAGGGGACGAUGACUUCCAUUGGCAAUGGAGAUGGGAGUGUCCUUCCCCCGUCACUAGACUCAACUUGGAAGGAGCAACGCUGGCUUCUUGAGACGUUGAUCUGCAAGCCAGCACUAAGGGAUGAAGUCUUCUGCCAGCUGCUCCCCCGGCUGAGCGAUCAGGCACCAUUUCAGACAAGAGCAAGAGCAUGGCAGUUUCUUGGCGUCCUGCUGGCUAGUGUGGCGCCUACAACAAGGAAAUUAGAGGAGGCUCUGCAACUUUUCAUUGCCGACUCAUGCUCGGCUCUUGGCAACAACAGUGGCGCUACGACGGCCAGUACCGACCGUCUCCUAUCUCUUCACCGGCACGCACAACGCCGACUCAUCGCUGUACAGAUGCGUGGCCCCUCUUCUCUCGCGCCCACCCUUCCUGAGCUUCGCGCCUCCUGGUCAUCCGCUUUUCACCCAAUCGUCUUCGGCCAAACCCUGAACACAAUCAUGGCCGCUCAGUCGCGCUCGUAUGCACACAUGGCCAUUCCUGUCCUCCUACCUUUUCUCGGGGACAAGUUGAUGGAGCUGGGAGCCAGAGGAGUAAAGCGAAUGUGGCGCCAACAGGGUGACGUGGGUAUGGUGGUGGAGGGAAAGAUUAGGAUUGAUCGUGGAGAGUAUAGUCUACAGGGGUUAGGCGGCAAAGACGGAGAGGAGAAGGACAAGCUGGCUCUCGUCGUGGGAGCCUUGCUCAAGCUCUUCCUCAAAGAGCUGGCUGAGCCUCUCAUUCCUUAUGGGAUGUACGAGGCCUGCAUUCAGGCAGCAGAGCGUAGCAGCGGCGGUAGCAGGCCCACCAGCACAAACAGUAGCGCCGCCGCCCACUCUAAUCACUCGUCUGCCGCCGCAACCGCAGCCACCCUCGCGCUUGUCAGCCCACGCAAUGAGGCAAAAAUGCCUGCGCUCAACAGACGCUGUCUACUGUACGUGGUGGCCUUACUACAGCUCUUCUGCUUGGAUGAGCGCGUCGUUCAGGCUACAGGGGCAGACGCGAAGACCCUGGCCGGCUUGUUCUCGCCCGUCCUGAUGAGGCCGCCCCCGUGGUCUACGAUGGCCGGAGCGAGCAGCCUAGCCCUUCCUCAGGCUGGCACGACAACAGGCUCCGGGACCGCCGGACUCUCGCAACCUGCUCUCGACCGUAGCAUGCUUCGUGCAGGCAACUCAAACGCCAAAUGGGAGAGCGUAUUCAUCUAUCAUCUGCUGACGGCAUGGGAUACGCAAAAUGUCGAUGUCGACUUCGUGCCAAGGAUUGGAAAUAGGGCGAGACGUGGGCCGAGGACUUCGCGAUAAAGGCAGCGAGAGAGCUGGUGCCGCAGACGGCGGCAAAAACCACCAUCAGCCGGAUGCGCGCCACCAUCCUUGACAGCUAUCCAGAGCCAGCAAAGACCGAUCAGCACCAGCAGUCAACCGUCGAAAAGGGGCGCCCCUCACACGACGCCGCCCAGCAUCACAUACGCAUCGAUACCGCAUUCCUCCAUCACCAACACCAAGUCUAAAAGCCCCUCUACUUGGCAGCUUGUCUCUGACUUCGUGAUUCUCUAGCAUUGUACCGCAUCAUGCGCGCAUCCUCAGCCUAAUGCCAUCCCUCCG